UAGCCUUUUGACAUUAUCCACCUACCCACCCAAGAAAAUUUGGAAGCCUGCAAUAUGUCUUUAGAUUUUUAACCAAACUGAUGUGAAUUUUGGGUUUUGCCAGUCCUGUACACUGGCACUAUCACUCAUUUCAUACAUUCCAUUGACAGGUGAUGAACAAAAACUGUAUUUGAGUGAAAUGCCUUAAAUUUAAGGAGUAUAGUCCAAUGUGACUGUUCGUAUCACGAGAACAAUGCCAGUUCGCAUUCAAGAUCUGUCAGCAUCUGCACUGAUGUAUAUUACCAGAUAAGCUGACUUGUGAAAAAAGGACCAAUUGGAAACUGUUUAAAACGUGAAACUACGAUAUUCUUUUCAGACUGGCAAGACUGAAGUAAUUGAUAACGGCUGCUCUCAUUUCCUAACUGGCAGCUUUGCCAGAAAUUCCUUAUGGAGAAGAUGGCCCGAGUGACUACAGCCUUGAGUGGCACAACCAUCACAGGGCGAACCAUGUUCUGCCACCUUGAUGCACCUGCCAACGCCAUUAGCGUAUGUAGGGAUGCUGCCCAGGUGGCAGUGGUUGGUCGCAACAUCUUUAAAAUCUACUCCAUAGAGGAGGAACAAUUUGUGGAAAAGUUAAACCUGCGGGUAGGGCGCAAGGUCUCUCUGAACUUAAGCUGUGCUGAUGUGGUGUGGCAUCAGAUGGAUGAUAACCUGAUGGCGACAGCAGCCACAAACGGAGCCGUGAUUACAUGGAAUCUUGGCAAACCAUCUCGGAACAAACAGGAUCAGCUUUUCACCGAGCACAAACGCACAGUCAAUAAGGUGUGCUUCCAUCCCAAUGAAGUGCACAUGCUGCUGAGUGGCUCCCAGGAUGGCUACAUGAAGUGCUUUGAUCUCCGGAAGAGACAUUCUGUGAGCACCUUCUCCGGUCAGUCAGAAAGUGUCCGGGAUGUCCAGUUCAGUGUAAGAGACUAUUUCACAUUUGCUGCUUCUUUUGAAAAUGGUAAUGUUCAGCUCUGGGACAUAAGACGGCCAGAUAGAUAUGAGCGCAUGUUUACAGCACAUAAUGGACCUGUCUUCUGCUGUGAUUGGCACCCAGAUGAUAGAGGAUGGUUAGCAACCGGAGGACGGGAUAAAAUGGUGAAAGUAUGGGACAUUUCGGCAACCAGGACCAAGGAGAUCUAUUGUGUCCAGAAUAUUGCCUCGGUAGCACGUGUGAAGUGGCGGCCAGAAAUGAAAUACCAUCUAGCAACCUGCUCCAUGAUGGUAGAUCACAACAUUUAUGUCUGGGACAUUCGGCGUCCAUAUAUUCCAUUUGGAAUAUUUGAGGAGCACAAGGAUGUUGCUACGGGAAUUGCGUGGCGUCAUAUUCAUGACCCUUAUUACCUCCUUUCUGGAUCAAAAGACAGCACUUUGUACCAGCACAUGUUUAAAGAUGCCAGCCGACCUGUCGACCGUGCCAAUCCUGAAGGAUUGUGCUACGGGCUUUUUGGAGACUUGGCUUUUGCAGGAAAAGACAGCAUGUUUGCUGGUGACUCAAAUCGGAAAACCUAUGGUGGAGAAAGACGUUAUCCCAUUUUUUUCUUCAAGAAGCCGGAUUUACCGGAGCAAUUUUCAAACGUAUCCAGCGCUCUUAAUGUGUUUGAAACUGAGCUGGGCAGCAACUCCAUGGACUGGUUUGUCACCAUGGCGCAACAGUACAUUCUGACUGGCCGGUCGCUGGCUGAGCUCUGUGAUCACAAUGCCAAAAUUGCUAAAGAAUUAUAUCGUUUUCAGGUGGCUCAGACAUGGACAAUGCUGAGGAUUGUCUACUGCAACCCAGGUGCUAUUUCAUCUGUGAACUUGAAUCAAAGUAUAGGCAAGAGUGGAGGCUUGCCUCUUAUGAACAGUCUCAAGGAGCUCUCUGCAGCACUAGGCAAUGAGACUAGGUUGGAGCGAGGAAAGGCUGAAAAUCGGCCAGAGAUUAAUCAUUUAGAUUCCUCAAAUCCUUUGAUCUCUGCAAAUGAAGAGAACGAGGAAACAGAAGGUAGUGAUGUGCCUGCUGAUUAUUUAUUUGGGGAUGUGGAAGGAGAUGAAGACGACCUUUACAUGGUGGACCAUGAAAAUGCUCCAGCAGAGGAACAUGAAUACAUUUUGCCUCAAGAAGCGUUUCAACUGCGUCACGAAAUUAUAGAUAACCCUUCUGCUCCUGACCAUCUUCAGGACAAAAUGGAAUCUCCACACGUCAGUGGAAAUGAAGCGGAGACUGUAUGUUUGACUCCAAUUGAAUCCUUUUCCCUCAUGUCGAUCUCUCAGCCUCUCUAUGAUGCCUACCUGCCUGCUGAUUACUUCAAUUCCCUUGUUAAAGACAUGCUCCACUACUAUGCAGAGCAGGGAGAUGUGCAGAUGGCCGUAUCAGUCCUCAUUGUAUUGGGGGACCGUAUACGGAAAGAAAUAGAUGAACAAACACAGGAGCACUGGUACAUGUCGUACAUUGACCUGCUGCAGCGUUUCAAACUGUGGAAUGUCUCUAAUGAGGUGAUCAAGCUGAGCACGUGCAGCUCCAUCAAUUGCUAUAACCAGGCAUCAACUACGCUUCACAUCAACUGCACCAAAUGUUUACGACCAAUGUGCAGCAAGGGCUGGAUCUGUGAUAGAUGCCACCAGACUCCUAGCCUGUGUGCUGUGUGCCACCAAGUUGUUAAAGGGCUGUUUGUUUGGUGCCAGGGAUGUAGUCACGGUGGGCACUUGCAGCACAUCAUGAACUGGCUAAGGACCAGUUCGCAUUGCCCAGCUGGAUGUGGCCACCUCUGUGAAUAUACCUGAAAGCAGCACUGAAAAACUCAAUGCGGCAUCCGAUUUGCAGCAGUGGACUUUCUAAUUAACUGUAGUUCAUUCGGCUGUGGACACCACUAACUUCUUAAAACCAUUUUAAAACGUAUGCUGCAGAUACAAAGAAAUCGACUCAUUCACCGUGAAACACUCCAGCUGAUUUCAAACUGGGAAAAACGUUAACUGAAGUAAUUAGCUGUGAAGUUUUUUUUUCCAUGUUACGCUUAUAUUUUUGAAGUGGUACUAGCAAGAACAAAUUUCUAAAUGGGAUUUGCUGUGAAUACAUCUUAUUGCAUAAAGCAUGCAAUGUUGGCUUGCUUUCCAGUUAAGUACUGAAAUGUGUCUUGCAAAGCAACAAACCAAUGUAGGAAGAUGCUUUGUAAAGCAAUUGGAACAGUUCCCAUAUUGGUUAUCAGUGAGUGGGUGUGAUACCAAGUUAUCACAGGAAAACAUUUUUGUACUUCAUGACUAACACAUUCAGGCAGCUGGAUAUUUGCGUACACAUGGAUUAUUAGCACAACUGAAGCUGUUCCAAACUUACACCAAAGCUUAAGCAAAAUGCUUACUUUUUUGGUAGGUCUGUUUGGAUAGUCAGCAUCAUUGAUGAAAGAAUACCCAUUUAGUUACUAGUCCAGAAUGGGUUAUUCACUGCCUUCUGUAUAGCAUGUUAAUCUGUCAGUAGGUUAACACUUGGGAAUUUUUUUUUUUGGUCAAAGGGGCUAGAGCAGCUAGGAAAUUUAUUUAGGAUGACUCUAAUUCAUAUUGAGAUGUUUAGGACAUAGAGUGGAUCACGUGAUAAGGUAAUAGAUAUCAAUCAACACUCUGGAAGCUUGCAAAGAAUGCUGUGAAUUUAAGAAUGCUCUGCUCUCCAGUUAAUAUACAAUGUGAAGAUCAGACAUACAGUACACUAUGGAGCUGUAAAGCACCCAUCAGUUAAUUUUCUGAAAGGUGCAUUCCAGUAACCCACUUCAACCAAUGGAAUAUCCUAGACCUAAUGUGGGGGUAAAUAUGCAAAAUGAAUUCAGCAAUAUUUUACCCAUCCUCAAAUGAGACAUUUGCAGUAUACCUCCCCAAACUGCCUCAUUUAUUUUUGAGUUUAUUGCAUUCAAGUUAAGUUUGCAAUGUAGACAAAGUAUGUCUCAUUUUUGUUCAUUAUCUGCGAUUGAACUGGGAUGAAAUGGAUUUUUUUCACAAAAGGAAACUCAUUUCUGGCCACAUCGACAUUUAGCAGAAAAAAUAUUCUAACCUCAGUUACAUAAAACCUUGAUGGUUUUCCACUAAUUUUGUUUUAAGUUUUGUUAAGAAUGUUUCAUAGAACAUUGCUGUGUUUGAGUUACAUUCCACAUGUAAGGAAGAUCCUCAUGAUCCAUGGCUGGAUGUACAUUUUUUGAUAAAUUGUAAUAAAGACCUUAUUUAACGUUAAACUCUCCUGCAUGUUAUUGGAUGGAGUUUGAAAUAUUAACUGACUAAAGGUUCAUAAAAUGAAUUUAGUCUUCCUUUACACUUGUAUUAUAAAAAUUUAUAUUUGUUAUAUAUCUUAAGCCUAGAGUACUUUUUAAACUGAGUUUAUUUUACAUUAAAUUCUGAAUCCUUCUAUAAGUAACUAUUAGCAUACUGCUGCAAAAAUGCUUUAAAUAAAUAGUGGUUGCCGUAA